CAGGUACAUGAAGGAGGUCCAUCGUGAUCAGUUUGUUAUAGUGGAUCACCAAACCAUGAUCCAACAAGAGCGAGAGAUUCCCUUGCCACGCUCUCAUCAGACUCGGCGAACUAAGGCAGUUGCAUUCAAAGCACGUUUGGAGGAGCACCAUAUCAAACAAGUCAAGCAGAUCAUCCGCAUGCUAGUCCAAGACUAUGGCCUGGACCUUAACGCUCUCCUUUUCGACAGAUCCACCAAUAAAGAAGAAGAAGAAGAGGAGGACAGCGAAGAGGAGGAAGAGAAAGAACAAGUCACGCCCUUAGAGUACCUGGUUGGUAGCAACUGGCCAAUGGCAGAACAUCUGAUCCAGCUGCUGGUCGACCUAGGCGCUCGACUUGAUAUCCGAAACGGAGAAGGCCACAUUCCUCUUGUAUACUGCUUAUGGGUGGAGCAGUUGACCACCGAAGCUCUGAAGAAGGGCAUUCACAGUCGUACGCUCAUUCGCCCGCAGACGAUUCGUGCGCUCAUUCAGUCUUGCGGUUGGGCGAACAUUAGGCUGGAUGAGAAGUAUACGUGGGGAAGGGAGGAGUUGACGCUUGGCCGGAUUCUGGAGAUCCGGUUCCCGGGGUGGAAGCCCCGUGAAGGAUGGAAUAAUAGGGCGUUGUGGAAAGAUCUUGUUCGGCACCUUUCGGACCGCUCAGAGUUGGAGGAGGAUACUGAAAUCGACCCCCCCUCAUUCUCAACAGGCGGCACCACAAACGACUAGGCAGCAGCGCUUACUUCAGUCACUCAGCCGUUUCAGCGGCUAUGAGUGGGCAGAUUAGACCGUCCCAUUUAGGCACAAGGAUGUGGGGCAGUUCUUGUCGAUUGGCUGAGAGCUGCAUACGAGGGAGCUGGUCAGGACUGCGAAACAGGGAGAUGCCUGCCAAGAGUGGGCGGCGUUCGACGAGCCAACCACCGCUCU